CUCCUGCCCCACCCUCAGCCAGCGCCCCUCCCCCAAGGUGUGGCUCCUCUGUCAGGGGUGGGGAGAGGGAGUUAGGGGCAAACCUGCUCCAUCCUUCCCCUACCGCCCCGGCUCCCGCUGGCCACGCCUGAAAGCGCCACAUAGUGUGCGCUCCAGGCUAGCAGCACCAGGCAGCGCCAAGGGUUGUGGGCCGCAGUGCCAAGCUCCGAACGGGGCUCUGGGCUGGGUCUCUCCCUGUGGUAGCCCCAGGAUACCACCACCCUCCACAUCCCAUUCAGAUUCGCUCUGCCUCAAAUCUCCAGGAGCUUCCAGUGGCUUGGUCCCCUGACUCCCAUCCAUGCCUCUUAGAGCCGUUUUCCCAGCUCAAUGGUGUCCCGUCAUGGUCUUGGGACUUUAAGGAGCAAUUCAGCCCUGCGGACCCUCCCAGUGAAGAGAAGGAGCUGGCUAUGCGGUGGAACUUGGAAGAGACGAUGUCUGGGAGCCUUUGCUGAGCCCAGGGAGAGAGGCGUCCCACUCCCUGCCGUGGCAGGUCGGGCAGAGACACCAAGCUUUGGGACAGGGAUGGUCGAUUCUGCCUGCUCGGAACUUGGAAGGAUAACAUUCAGUCAUGAAGGUGAAAGUGCAUAUCACAGUGCCUGCUCGACUGGUUCUUCCUAACUGAAUCCUUGGCCAAUUGUCCACUGUGCUGCUCUUAUCAGAAAGCUCCCAGUGAGGAGCUGGUCUUCUGGAGACUCUGUGUGGCAUAGGGUGAUUCAACCACCUUUUUUUUUUUUUUUUUUGUGACAGAGUCUUGCUCUGUCACCAGGCUGGAGUGCAGUGGCGUGAUCUCAGUUCACUGCAACCUCCGCCUCCCAGUUCAAGCUAUUCCCCUGUCUCAGCGUCCCAAGUAGCUGGGACUACAGGCACGUGCCACCAUGCCCGGCUAAUUUUUUGUAUUUUUAGUAGAGACAGGGUUUCACCAUGUUGGCUAGGAUGGUCUAAAUCUCCUGACCUCAUGGUCCACCCGCCUCGGCCUCCCAAAGUGCUGGGAUUACAGGCGUGAGGCACCGCGCCUGGCCAACCACCUUCUUAAGAAGACCUCUGGCUUUCCUGGAACAAAGGCCCUCAGCUGCCAGCAUGCGGAUGCCUCGCUUCUCCAGCAAGACAGCGACCACGCUUCUCCUGGCACAGACCAUCUGCCUCCUGCUCUUUGUCGUCUACCAGCCAGGGCCCUCGUCCCCCGCAGAGACAGGCAGCAAGCGUGUACAUGUGCUGGUGCUGUCCUCAUGGCGCUCGGGUUCGUCCUUUGUGGGCCAGCUCUUCAGCCAGCACCCUGAUGUCUUCUACCUGAUGGAGCCCGCGUGGCACGUGUGGACCACCCUGUGGCGGGGCAGCGCCACAGCGCUGCACAUGGCCGUGCGCGACCUGGUGCGCUCUGUCUUUUUGUGCGACAUGGAUGUGUUUGAUGCCUACAUGCCACAGAAUCGAAACCUGUCCGCCUUUUUCAAGUGGGAGGUGAGCCGCGCGCUGUGCUCGCCACCAGCCUGCAGCGCCUUUCCCCGAGGUGCCAUCAGCAAAGAGAACGCAUGCAGGACUCUGUGCACACGGCAGCCCUUCAGCCUGGCCCAGGAGGCCUGCCGCUCCUACAGCCAUGUGGUGCUCAAGGAGGUGCGCUUCUUCAACCUGAAGGUGCUCUACCCGCUGCUCAGGGACCCCGUGCUCAACCUGCAUAUUGUGCACCUGGUGCGCGACCCGCGAGCGGUGCUGCGCUCCCGGGAGGCGGCGGCCCAGCUACUAGCACUUGACAGCGGCAUUGUGCUGGGCACACACGGCAAGUGGGUGGAGGCCGACCCUCACCUGCACCUGAUGCGGGAGGUGUGCCGCAGCCAUGUGCGUAUCGCCGAGGCCGCCACACUCAAGCCGCCACCCUUCCUGCGCGGCCGCUACCGCCUGGUGCGCUUCGAGGACCUGGCACGGGAGCCGCUGGCAGAGAUCCGGGCACUCUACGCCUUCACUGGCCUGAGCCUGACGCCACAGCUGGAGACCUGGAUCCGCAACAUCACCCACGGGUCAGGGAUCGGCAAGGCGUUUGAGGCUUUCCAGACUUCCUCUAGGAAUGCGCAAAACGUCUCCCAGGCCUGGCGCCACGCCCUGCCCUUCACCAAGAUCCGCCACGUGCAGAAGGUUUGCGCCAGUGCACUGCAGCUGCUGGGCUACCGGCCUGUGUACUCUGAGGAUGAGCAGCACGACCUCACCGUGGAUCUGGUGCUGCCACGAGGCCCAAAACACUUCAGCUGGGCGUCCUCUGACUCUGAGAACUCUGGACCCUAGAGCAGUCCCUGAAUUGCGGUCGCCAGGCCCAGGAGGCGACUGCACGGUGGAAAGGGAGCUGGGGCGCACAGGGAAGCAGGUCCCUACUGUUAACCGGGAGUCUGGGGUCCUCCCCUGAAAUAGGCAAGGACUGCACGUUUCUUUCUCUCCUGAUUCUGGUUUUCCAUUGAGUCCUCUGUAGCUGCCUUCUCAUCAGGUGCUCUCUUCAUGGAAAGCAACUCUUGCCUCUGCCUCUCUGGGAACAGGGAGUAAGUUCUGCUACAUUAAAUUAAAUAUGUUCCUGGCCAGGUAUGGUGGCUCACACCUGUAAUCCCAGCACUUUGAGAGGCUGAGGCAGGUGGAUCACAUGAGGUCAGCCUGGCCAACAUAGUGAAAUACCCUCUCUACUAAAAAUACAAAAAUUAGCGGGGCGUGGUAGCACACACCUGUAAUCCCAGCUACAUGGGAGACUGAGGUGGCAGAAUCACUUGAACCCAGGAGGUGGUGGUUGCAGUGAGCCAAGAUCUCACCACCACACUCCAGCCUGGGUGACAGAAUGAGACUCCAUUAAAAAGAAAAUUUACAUUUGCUCAAAAAUCCUGUAAUCUAAUGAACUGUAACCUCAUUUUUUUUCUCAUCAUUAUUUUUUUAUUGUGUGAUUCCAUUUAUUUAAAGCUGAAAAAAACAGAAAAACGAGUCUAUGGUGGUAGAGGUCAGAAUAGGAGAUAACUUUGGCCACGUGCAGUGGCUCAUGCCUGUAAUCCCAGCACUUUGGGUUGUUUGACCAGUUUGUGGAAACUCCUAAAAUGAGUGUACUUCUGUUUCUUGGCAUUGUCACCCUAUAGCCAUUACAUGAUAGUCUUCCUGGCCGGGCACAGUGGCUCAUGCCUGUAAUCCCAGCACUUUGGGUUGUUUAUUUGACCAGUUUGUGGAAACUCCUAAAAUGAGUGUACUUCUGUUUCUUGGCAUUGUCACCCUAUAGCCAUUAUAUGAUAGUCUUCCUGGCUGGGCACAGUGGCUCAUGCCUGUAAUCCCAGCACUUUGGGAGGCUGACGCAGGCAGAUCACUUGAGGUUAGGAGUUCGAGGGAGGCCAGUGCAGGUGGAUUGCCUGAGGUCAGGAGUUCGAGACACAGCCUGGCUAACAUGGUGAAACCCCGUCUCUAACUAAAAAUACAAAAAAUUAGGUGGGCACUGUGGCAUGUGCCCGUAAUCCUACCUACUCCAGAGGCUGAGGCAGGAGAAUCGCUUGAACCCAAGAGGCAGAGGUUGUAGUGAACCAAGAUCGUGCCAGUGCAUUCCAGCCAGGGUGACAGAGCAAGACUCUGUCUCAAAAAACAAAAAGGGGGAUACUUUGUAGGGAGGAUUUGACUGGGAUGUAGCCUCAUUUAAUAUGUAAACAAAAUACAACCCAAUGUGAGAUUAUAUUCUUGUAAGAAGAAUGGAGUCUCCUCCAAUCAUAGCAGCCAGCUUUCAGCCAGGGACAGACGUCACAGUGACCAUCUAGAUGUGUCCAAAUAAGACAAAGGCUGAGCUGUAACCAAUCAGGCUAUACCCAAUGCCACUUCCUUUUCUGUUUAUGAACACUGCUUGUCUGUGGUUGCUUGGUGGAGGUCUCUGAAACCUCUGUAAUGCAGAUCUCUCAUUGAAUGGAGUGAGUUUACAUCAAGCUGUUUUGUAGUGAACAGGGGCCCUUAAUCACCAUCAUCCCUGGAACAAAGACUUACCAGUUGUACUCAAAUGCUGUUGAGCUAUCUUUAUUGCAUGGACUUUGAGUUGUUUAUUUGACCAGUUUGUGGAAACUCCUAAAAUGAGUGCACUUCUGUUUCUUGGCAUUGUCACCUUAUAGCCAUUGUAUGAUAGUUUCCCUGGCUGGGCACAGUGACUCAUGCCUGUAAUCCCAGCACUUGGAGGCUGAGGCAGGCAGAUCACUUGAGGUUAGGUGUUCAAGACCAGCCUGGCCAACAUGGUGAAACCCUGUCUUUACUAAAAACACAAAAACUAGCCGGAUGUGGUGGUGCAUGCCUGUAAUCCCAGCUACUCAGGAGGUUGAGGCAGAAGAAUCACUUGAACCCAGGAGGUGGAGGUUGCAGUGAGCUGAGAUCUCACCACUGCACUCCAGCCUGGGUGACAGAGCCAGACUUCAUCUUAAAUAGUAAUAAUAAUAGGCCAAGCGUGGUGGCUGAAGCGUGUGAUCCCAACACUUUGGGAGGCCGUGGCAGGUGGAUCACUUGAGGUCAGGAAUUCAAGACCAGCCUAGCCAAAGUGGUGAAACCCUGUCUCUUCUAAAAUACAAAAGUUAGCCAGGCAUGGUGGCAGGCUUCUGUAAUCCCAGCUACACAGGAGGCUGAGGCAGGAGAAUGGCUUGAACCCGGUAAGCGGAGGUUGGGAGGUUGCAGUGAACUGAGAUCACACCACUGCACUCUAGCCUGGGCAACAGAGCAAGACUCCCAUUCAAAAAAAGUUUUUUUAAUAGUAAUAAUAAUAAUAGUCUCUGCUUCGUUGUUUCCCCUGGGAAGUCUUACAUGCUCCCUAUGCAGCCAUUCUUUAUACAUCAACUGGUCUAUUAGAAUAACAAAAACAUGGCCCUGGGCAGUGGCUCAUGCCUGUAAUCCCAGCACUUUAGGAGGCUAAGGCAGACGAAUCACAAGUCCAAGAGUUCAAGACCAGCCUGACCAACAUGGCAAAACCCAGUCUCUACUAAAAAUACAAAAAUUAGCCUGGUGUGGUGGUGCAUUCCUAUAAUCCCAGCUACUCAGGAGGCUGAGGCAGGAGAAUCGCUUGAACCAGGAGGUGGAGGUUGCAGUGAGCUGAGAUCUCACCACGGCACCCCAGCCUGCCUGACAGAGUGAGACUCUGUCUCAAAAAAAAAAAAAAGAACUAAAAUAUUAAGAAAGCAUAAAGAGGCCGGGUGCAGUGGCUCAUGCCUGUAAUCCCAGUACUUUGGGAAGCCAAGGUGGGAGGAUCACUGAGGUUGGGAGUUCAAGUCCAGCCUGAUCAAUAUGACAAAAUCCUGUCUCUACUAAAAAUACAAAAUUAGCUGGGCAUGGUGGCACAUUCCUGUAAUCCCAGCUACUCAGGUGGCUGAGGCAGGAGAAUCGCUUGAAUCCACAAGGCAGCGGUUGUGGUGAGCCGAGAUCAUGCCAUUGCACUCCUGCCUCAAAAAGAAAAAGAAAACAUAAAGAAUCAUCCAGCUAAGAUGAAAUUGUGAAUUGUGAAUUGUGAAUUGUGAACUCAAUACUGAAACAAAACAAGUCCAGUACGAUGGUGACAGAAAAUGAGGUCAGGGCCCAAGGCUUUGGUCAGCCUCUCAGUUUUGAGAGGCUGACCAAAAAGCAGAGAUGUUUAAAUUCAAUUAAAUUUUGGCCCAAAGCUGCUGCCAAUACCUGUUGAACUGCAACCUAACUUAGUAUUUACAUAAACCGCCUCCCAACUGAGACUAUAUUCUUGCAUCAAACAGCUGAGUCUCAGCAAGUCACAACAGCUGUGCUUUAACCAGUCGCAGGCUGCCAGCUGAUCAGACUUGUGUCCAGAUAAGGCAAAUGCUGAGCUGUGCCCCAUCAGACCGUUUCUGUGUGUUACUUCAAUACAUUUGGCCUGCCCAUGUUGCUGGGUGGAGCACUCCGAACCUUAACUGGUUCAGGAUGCUGCCUGAUUCAUAUAUUUUCUUUGCUCAAAUAAAGUCUGCUUAAUUUAAUUCA